GGGGGGGGGGGGGGGGGGGGGGGGGGGGGCGCGGGCGAGCUGCCCGCCGCCGGGAUGGCCCCGGAGCCGCCGGUCUACGCCAACCUCAGCACUUACCCGGCCGUCAGCUACGCCGCCGAUCCCGGCCCGUUCGCGGCGCCGCCGCCGCGGCUGCCGCCUCCGCCGCCCCCGCCGCCGCUAAAGGACGAGCCGCAGAUCGUGCCGGAGGUGCCGAGCUUCGGGGAGAGCCCGCCGCUGUCCCCCAUCGACAUGGACACGCAGGAGCGCAUCAAGGCGGAACGGAAGCGGCUGAGGAACCGCAUCGCCGCCUCCAAGUGCCGCAAGAGGAAGCUGGAGCGAAUCUCCCGGCUGGAGGAGAAGGUGAAGAGCCUCAAGAGCCAGAACACGGAGCUCGCCUCCACCGCCAGCCUGCUCCGCGAGCAGGUCGCCCAGCUCAAGCAGAAGGUGCUCAGCCACGUCAACAGCGGCUGCCAGCUCCUGCCCCAGCACCAGCACCAGGUGCCGGCGUACUGACCCCGGGCGGGCCGGGGGAGCCCGAGCCCGGGCACGGACCGAGGGGUCCCGGGCAAGGACCCAGGGAAGCGCGGGGGGAGCGCCCGCUCUGCCCCGGGCAUGGACCGAGGGGAACGGGGGGAACCCCCACCCCGCCCCGGGAACGGACCGAGGGGUCCGGGGCACGGACUGAGGAGAGCGGGGAAAGCGCCCGCUCUGCCCCGGGAACGGACCGAGGGGUCCCGGGCAGGAACUGAGUCGGACUGCUCCGACUGAGGGGUCGCGAGGGGAGGAAGAAGAGCGAUGAUCGUCCCCUCCUUUAUCUCCCCGGACACAGACUGAGGGGUCUGAGGCGAGAACCGGGACCGGCUCCGGUGCGCACCGAGCGCUCGCCGCGCACGGAUUGCGGGGAG